AUGAAAACUGCAACAUUGUGUUCAAGAGUUCCCAAUUAUUUCUUCAGUCACCCCUUGCUGCUUCUGAAAGAACCUGUUUUUGCAGGUACACAGCCUGAGCCGCUCUGCACAACAUCGAGCCUCUGUGUUGCGAAGGUCCUUGGUGUGGCCUUAGCCAAUGCAGCUGCUGCAGCUGCUCAUCGAGGGCGAGCGCGCGCUGAGCCAGAAAGGUUGGAGCCGACACCACAGCAGAAGCCUAGACAGGCGAAGCGGAAAGACGUCUUUACAGACUUCACUGUGAAGCCGACGGAUUCUGCCAAGCUGGUGGUGAAGACCAUUAGAGUCCCAGCGGUGCGCGACGAAGUGGAGCUGAACCGCAGUGAGAAGAGCCAAAGUCCCAGUCCGGAGCGGUCGCGGCCGCCGGGCUACAGCGAGAAGCGCCGGAAAGUGGCCACUGCCAUCGCUGCAGCCCUGCGUGGAUUGGCCAAGGCUGAGGAGCAAUGCAAGGCGAUUGCACCGGCAGCGUAA